UGCAGUUGAAAAUACUUGGGAGCGGAGGUUGAAUCCAUUGAUUUUUGACGAUGUAAGUCAUCUCUGGAAGGAUACGGUGACAAAUUUGAAUGAGAAGCUCCUUCUUGUUUGUGUAUAACCAUUGCAAGAAGGGCUUAUGUGCUCCUCGCCGCUAAAUUUCCGACUCGGGGUGCUCAGUGUUGUCGGGGUUGAGUCCGUUUCAGCUGCACUGCAUCAACAUGGGUGUGAUCGGUGUGCAGCUGGUGGUUACCAUGGUAAUGGCCAGUGUAAUUCAAAAAAUCAUACCUCAUUAUUCCUUCGCAAGAUGGCUACUCUGCAGUGGCAGUCUGCGGUGGUAUCAGCACCCCACGGAAGAUGAGUUGAGGAGCUUAGCUGGGAAACAAAAAGGACAGAAGAGGAAAGACAGGAAGUACAAUGGUCACAUAGACAAUAAGCCGCUAACAGUUCCCAAGGACAUAGACUUACAGCUGGAGACGAAAUGCAUCACAGAAGUCGACACAUUAGCGUUGCACUACUUCCCAGAGUUCCAGUGGCUGGUGGACUUCACAGUAGCAGCAACUGUGGUCUAUCUGAUAACAGAGCUCUACUACAGUGUGGCUCAGCCCUCAGGAGAGAUGAACAUCAGUGUGGUCUGGUCCCUACUAGUACUCGCCUUUGUCAUAAAGACCCUUUAUUCUCUAACGGCCCACUAUUUCAAGCUGGAGGAAGGAGGAGAGCGCUCACUCUGCAUUACUUUUGCUUUCUUCUUUUUUGUCAAAGCCAUGGCCAUUCUCAUUGUCACUGAAAAUUACCUGGAGUUUGGUCUGGAGACUGGUUUUUCUAAUUUCUCUGACAGUGCUCUACACUUUCUGGAACACCAGGGCUUAGAGUCCCAGGGUCCCAUAUCCAAACUCACCUUCAAGCUGAUCCUGGCCCUACUCUGCUCUCUGAUUGGGGCUUUUCUAACUUUCCCUGGUCUGCGAUUGGCCCAGAUGCACCUUGAUGCUCUCAAUCUGACCACAGCCAGAUUUACACAGACUCUGCUUCAUAUCAACUUCCUCUCCCCCCUUAUCAUGGUCCUGCUGUGGGUGAAGCCCAUUUCCAAGGACUACUUAAUGAACCCCACUCUGGGAAAGGAGAGUGUGCCUUUGAUGACUGAGCAGACGUAUGAUACGUUACGGUUAUGGGCCAUCAUACUGAUGUGUAUGCUCCGGCUCACCAUGAUGAGACAUCAUUUGCAGGCCUACCUCAACCUGGCCCAGAAGGGUGUGGACCAGAUGAAGAAGGAGGCGGGGCGGAUAAGUACCGUUGACCUGCAGAAGAUGGUUGCACGUGUUUUUUACUACUUGUGUGUAAUUGCACUACAGUAUGUGGCACCACUGGUGAUGUUGCUACAUACGACUUUGCUGCUAAAAACUUUAGGUGGACACUCCUGGUGGGUUUAUCCUGAAGAAGACCUGCCUUGCACCCAUGAAAUGAACUCUGAUUCUGUAAUGGAGGCAGUACCAACAGCAGCCCCCACACCAGCUUCAGUGAUAGAAACAGGAGCACGGGCAUCAGUAGCCCAGCUGUCGAUGGCCCUGGGAGGCCUGCGGACUGUCUUCAGCCCCCUGCUUUUCCGAGGCCUCUUCUCCUUCUUUACUUGGUGGAUUGCAGCCUGUCUGUUCUCCACCUCGCUCUUUGGCCUCUUCUACCAUCAGUAUCUCAUGGCAGCAUAGCAGCACCAACCUGACGGCGUCACCCAGACUCCAACAGGACUGCAAGAUGUUCGGCCUGAUCAAAAAAGGACUGCGUGGGGCAACAGAGGCCUAUCAAUGACUCUGCUCCACAACUCCUCCUUUCUUUUCUCCCUCUCUCAUAAUAACUGACCAUAUCAUCAGAGCUCCUGGUUCAACUUCCAGUGCUUCCUCCACGGAUGACUCUGUGAACUCUUGUCAUUGUUUUUACUACUACGACCACUACCUUUUUGUUUGGAGAGCAAGAUUUAUAAACUUUAGUAACAGACUAAAUUGUGAAUUGGAAUAAUAAUAUGCAGUGUCAGUGGGUUGCCACAAUAAUGAGAAAUUGGUCCAGAUUGCUGUAUGAAAUUUGAAUGGUACUAUGAAGUAAAAUACUGUAUCUCAGAUGCUGACAACUAAUUACACAUGUUAAAAUGUUAAAAUUCCCACCAGUUUUAGAUGAGCCAAUGGGGAGACUUAAACUGAUGUUCUUGUUAAUACGUGUUCACAGUUUUUCAUAUGGAAUGACGUAAACUCAUCAACAAUUUCAGAUUCUUGAUAUAUUAGUGGUAGGUACUUCAGUAAGCCCUAAUUUGAGUAAUUUAGUAAUGUCAUUUUCAUCACAACUUGAAACGUGUUAGGAGUCAGUUUUUGGACUGUUGCCUUCCAAUUGAAAUCCCUUUCAUUAACAAUGAAUUAUACCAGAAACUCAUACAGAAAAACCUUUGCAUGAGUCCAUACAAAGUUGUUUUGUUGGUAUACAUGUGCAGGGCCCUGACAUAAGAAGAGUCCCACAACUAUCUAUAUUCCUUUCUGUAUUACAGUCCAACACGUAGCUAAAUUGCUAUAAAGGUGCAUUGCAGCCUAUAAAAGCUGCAUUUGGGGCACAAAAUUCAAUCUAGAAAUGUUUAUGGAGGCUAAUGUGUGAUAUUUUAGCCCAAAAUCACCUUUACCCACUCAGAGUAGUUUAUUCCUCACAUUUUCAAAUGCUUCAGGGAACUGAUAAACCAUUAUUGUGGCUCCCUGUGUCUUUUGAUCAGAAAUAUUAAAUUUGCGUGUCAAUAGCCCAUUAAAUGCCCAAAUUCCAUUGUCCACGGGACAAAGGUGUCUGGGAGAGUCUUAAAAUGGUCCAGCAAGGACCAGUGCAUCUGUCUGUAGGAGGAGGAGGGAGUGGCAGCCUGUUGAUAUUCCCCUGAAUGUCUGGUUGGGAAGAACGUUUUUUUUUUUCUGGUGAUCUCAGGCGUCAGCUGAGCAGGGUUAGAGCAUAGACAGUCCGGAGCAAGAUAAGAUGUUAACCUCAAAAACAUCUCAUGGACUUGAAGGUGAUGUAUUUAAAUGUGUCUAACUGAACUUGACAUCAAGGACAAAACUAGGCUCUUAAAAUAAAAGGCGUUCCACUAGGCUUAGAUUUUUAAUUUGCAUUGUAACCUCCCUGAUAAAACUGAGCCAUUUUUGAAGAGAUGAGAGAGAUUUAAGCUGUUUUUGAGCAGGAAUGAUGCUUUAAAGGGAGGAUGGCACUUAUGGUUCAGUGAAGGUAUGUGCUUGUGUCCAAGUGUCUGUCUGCAUGUAUAGGAUCGCUGCUGAAGGUCAGCUGUAAUCUGAAAGGGCUUUGUGAUCAAGAGGAGAUGAUGUCAACUAAUGUUGAUAAGCUAACGCCUUUAUGUUCUCCUUUCCUUUUUUUAACCUUUACCCAUCCCUUUACUCUUAAACUCAUUUGAGAACAAUCUUUUAUUUGUUUUUAUUGUUUUUUUCUAAUGGAUCAAAUUGUGGAUUUGUAAAACUUGAUUUUAAAAAUGGUGCCAAGUGAGUCUGUUCCCCUGUCCCCAGUUGCUGUAGAUUCAGUGUCUGCCAGUGUUUGAAACUAAAAUUGGACACUGGUGGCCUUAUGAUUUCUGUAGAUCCACAUGAAAAAAAGAGGGAAUUAGCUCUGGUGCACAACAGGACAUAACAGUAUUUACAAGUCUCAUUGCAUAUUGUAAUUCUUUGGGGGUCAAAUGUACGCACAAUAAGUCAUUGUGUUAAUGAGGCACUGGGCCAAUACGAUUGUCUAGUCUAUUCAAGAAUGUAGGAUACAUGGUGGUACACAAUCGCACCGUUGUCUGGCAUUUUGUUUGGUCAUGACACUUGAGCUGUGAUUUAUGAAUUCCAGCUCUAUGAAUUUUGUACAAGAUACAUUUUACAGAGUCGAGCAGCACCAUAUCACAUUUUUCAGCUCCUGAUGUCAAAAGUCUUAGCUUCAGUUUGUGUCUGUUUUAAAUGAUGGGGAAUAUGCACAUAAUGAAUGUAUCAAUCCUGCCUAAUUUUAGAUUUUUUUCAAGAAAAUGAUUUGUAUGGUGAGUUGAUUUAACACCCCCACCUCCACCCCUGCCCUUCCCGAGCUCUUUACUUGUCUACUACCAUCUGUUAAUCUGCCUUUCCCACAACUGUGUGUGGUUAGGUCAAACUAAAUCUAAUUUGUCCUAAUGACUUUUUUUAAUUGAUCUUUUUUGGUAUUUAUUAUGUUGAGGCCUGUAAACAUUUCUUAUUUUAACAUCAAACACUUUAUUUUGUUAUUCGAGUGCAUGGUGACUUAAAUCAGUUGUUUGACAAAUCAUUUGCAAAUUAAGCUUUUUUUAAUACUCUGGUCUGGUCUGGUCAGUCAUGAAUUAGCUGGGGUACUCUCAGAAUUCAUCCUUUCUUCUGUUUGUUACCACUGAAAGUGUUUAUUAUUCAUUGUUGGAUUCACAAACAUUGUUGUUCUUUCAUGUAUUUAUUUCUGCUUUAGAUUUUGUCUUAAAUAAAUUAUGUUCUUUA